CGAGUUAAUUUGCGGUCGCCGACUCUCUCCGUAUGGAGUAGUCGAGUGAUAGUCUUGCUACGUUGAACAGGCGAGGAUAAUAAUUACUGGGACGUUUUCCACGCGACAACAAUGAAGUGGCACAUUUUGCUCGCAGCUGUCGCUGUAUUAUUUACAUCUGUAUACGCGGAAGAAGAAGAGGAAGCUGCUAGGCUAUUAGUUUCUAAACAAAUACUCAACAAAUACCUAGUAGAAAAUAUGGAUAUAGUUAUUAAGUACACUAUUUACAAUAUUGGCAAUGUGGCUGCAUUCGAAGUUGAGAUCACAGACAAUUCAUUCCAUCCAGACCAUUUCACUCACGUGAGCGGCGAAUUGAACGCCAGGAUAGACCGUGUGCCACCUUACACAAACGUGAGUCAUACCGUAGUGGUGAGACCACGCAAAUUUGGAUUCUUCAACUUUACCUCAGCCGAGGUCUUGUACCGUCGCAAAGAGGACGCUCCCAGGCUACAGGUGGCUGUAAGCAGCGAGCCUGGCGAAGGACUUAUUGUGGCGUACAGAGACUAUGACAAGCAAUUCUCAUCUCACGUGAUUGACUGGGCCGCAUUCGCUGUGAUGACUCUACCUCCACUAGCCAUUCCGUUCGCUCUGUGGUACUCGAGCAAAAGCAAAUAUGAGAAACUGCUGAAGAGCACAAAGAAACACUGAUCGCCUAUACUCUAAGAUACACCUAGGUCACUUUCUGUUUUCUUAUAUCAUCGCAGGGAACGACCGUUCCGCUAACGUACAUCUACUUUUGUAAUAAACGUUAUUUAUGAAAAUCA